AUGUGUUUGGCGCGCCAGUGCCUGCAAUGGCUGUUGGCUGUGGCGUGCCUCAGCACGACGCUGGGCGCGGUGGCGCAGUCCGGGAGUUGGCGCGAUGCCGCGAACCCUGGCAUCCCCCGCUACCAGCACGCGGCGGCGCUGCUGGCUUCUGGCGAUGUGCUGCUCACCGGCGGCUCCGGCAACGCCGGUGUCACCGCGACCGUCAUGCGGUACCAGUCGCGCGACAACAGCUGGACCGCCUUGCCUCACCUGCUCGAGCCUCGGGAACUGCACACGAUGACCCCCCUGGCAUCGGGGCGGGUGCUGGUGGCGGGCGGCUAUGCCGGGUGGGCGCUGGCAUCCGCGGAGCUUUACGACCCGGCCUCAGGCACCAGCGUGGCCACCUCGCCACUGAGCGUGGAGCGAUUUCGGCACACGGCCACGCCCCUCUUGUCUGGGCGUGUGCUGGUGGCGGGCGGCAAUCUGUCGACGGAUUCAGCCGAAGUGUUCGUGCCUGGUUCCCCUGGCACAUGGAGCGCGACCGGCGCCAUGCAGGUGCGGCGGCAGGAACACACCGCCACCCUGCUGCUGUCGGGAAAGGUGCUGGUGGUAGGCGGGUACUCGGGCGCCGGUGUGGAGUCGAGUGCCGAGCUGUAUGACCCCGCCACCAAUACCUGGUCGGCCACCGGGUCGAUGGCCCAGGCCCGCACCGAGCACACCGCCACGCUGCUGCCCUCGGGGCUGGUGCUGGUGGCGGGCGGGCGCAGCGCAAGCGCGCAGCUCGCAUCGGCUGAACUCUACGACCCGGCCUCCGGCUCCUGGUCCAGCGUGGGGCCGAUGGCCCAGGCUCGCUCCGCCCACGAGGCCGGACUGUUGCCCAACGGCGAGGUGAUCGUGUUUGGCGGCGAGGACGUGCCGCGCGCAGGCUUUACAGCCACCACCGAGCGGUUUGAUCCGCAAUCGCACACCUGGCGUGCCGAUGCGCCGCUGGGCACCGGGCGCAUGUGGCAUACGGCCGUGGUGCUUGCCGAUGGCGAAAUUCUGGCAUUGGGCGGUGCGGGCGCCAACGGGGCGGUGUCCAACGCAGAGCGCUACCACAACACCGCCGGAGCCGGAUUGUGGAAUGACGCGCAGGACAUGCCGUCGCCGCGCAGGGAGCACCGCGCCUUCCUGCUGGACACCGGUAAGGUGCUGGUGUUUGGGGGGUAUGGCAGUACUUACCUGCGCAGUGCGGACCUGUAUGACCCGGCCGCCGACCAAUGGGUCCCGGCGGCGCCCAUGAACCACCACCGCUACCGGUUCGAGGCGGCCAAGCUGCUGUCGGGGCAUGUGCUGGCGACGGGGGGCUGGUCGCUGAGUACCUCGUACUCGCGGACCGCGGAGGUGUAUGACCCGAUCGCCGACGCGUGGAGCAACGUGCCCGACAUGGCCGAACCCAGAAGCCGACACUCCGCCACGACCCUCUCAGACGGCAGGGUGCUGGUGGUCGGCGGGGAAGGCUCUGGCAACACGGCCGGCAGUGCGGAGCUGUUCGAUCCCGUCACGCAGACCUGGUCGGCGGCGGCCAACCCGCUGCGGCAGCGCAUGGGGCACGCCGCCGUGCUGUUGGGUUCUGGCAAGGUGCUGGUGGUUGGCAGCGAGGGGACGGGUGGCGAAUCGAACAGCGAACUCUACGAUCCGGCUGCCGACACCUGGACGGACGCCGGAAGCCUGGGCCAGGCCGUUGGCGGCCCAACCCUGACCCUGCUGCCGUCCGGAGAGGUGCUGGCCGUUGGCGGAUACGGGAGCGGUGGGUUCAAUGGCCACGCCUUGCCGUCGGUGUAUCUCUACAACCCC